UGGGCUAAAUUAAGAUCUUGCCUGCAGUAAACUUCUUUGGGGGUAGGCAGCGGUUACUUCCCCUGAGCAUACUCUUCUCCAAGGAGAAUUUCCGCAGCUGUCAAAAUUGAAAAGAUUACAUUGGUAUUACAGAUUAAAGGUUUCCAUUGACGGCCAUCCUGUAAUGACUUCUGCUCUGAGGUGACAUUUGCCGUCAUGCAGAGGCAGAGGAACAUAAUAGUGUGGGAUUUCCUCGAUGACACAAGUCAGUGACACAAGAUACAGAAUGGUGAAACAGAAAGGCAGUAAAAAUCAGGCAGGUGCUGUGGAAGACAAGCAGGGUAACAGUCAAAUGUUGGAGUCUUUGUUUGGUUUCAAGAUGUCUGAUCUUAGUAGCCUGGACUCUCUGCUCAGACUGCUGUGCAGACCCACUGAUCCAUCUGGUCUGGGAGUCAUGCGCAUGAUCUUUGGAUUACUGAUGGUAUUUGACAUUUGGCAAGAACGUGGACUCAGCAAUGCAGUGGAAGAGUUUGGUGAUCCUCUUCUGUGUAGAUUCCCAUUGUUUGACUUUCUGAAACCAUUACCACUUGUAUGGAUGUACAUUGUCUAUCUACUUAUGUUUAUUGGUGAAGUUGGUAUCUUACUGGGCCUGUUUUACCGCUUCAGUUGUGUGGUAUUUGUGGUAACAUAUUGGUACCUUUUUCUGUUGGAUAAAACAAGCUGGAAUAAUCAUAGUUACCUGUUUGGUCUCAUUGGAAUCCUACUGUUACUGACUGAUGCUAACAGAUACUGGUCUCUGGAUGGAUUGUUGUUCAAGAGAAAGAGGCAUGCACAUGUACCACUAUGGAACUAUGCUAUACUGAGAUUCCAAAUAUUCAUAGUCUAUCUUAUUGCGGGCAUAAAGAAAAUGGACACCGACUGGGUCUCUGGUUACUCCAUGCAUUCAAUAGCGGGUCACUAUGUGUUUGCCCCUUUUCGGUUAGUACUUAGCCAGGAACAAGUCAGUUUGUACAUCGUACAUCUGGGCGGACUCACCAUUGAUCUCUUCUCGGGAUUUCUCCUACUGUUCGACCAGACCAGACCCAUUGCCUUUGUGUUUCUAGGAAUGUUCCAUCUCAUGAACUCCCAGUUAUUUAGUAUAGGAAUGUUUCCUUGGAUGAUGUUAGCCACCAUGCCAUUAUUUUGCCACCCAGACUGGCCUAGAGGGUUGUUACAUAAGUUUCCACACUUUAUGAAAAUAGUAUUACCUGCAGAUCUCAGUUUACAGACCAGCCAGCACUGUAUAUACGAUAAGAAAUCCAUUAAACCUGAUGAAAAACAGAAAACUUCUGUUUCUCAAGAAAAAAGUCCCCCACCCAUCAGUCCGUCCAGGUAUCACAAAGUGAUGGCUUGCAUUUUGUUGUCAUAUGUCAGUACACAAUGUGUUCUACCAUACUCUCAUGGAAUAACUAAGGGAUAUAACCAUUGGACCCAGGGUCUAUAUGGGUACUCCUGGGAUAUGAUGGUACACACAUGGAAUCUGCAACAUCUCAAAAUUACAUAUGUUGAUAAAGAAACCAGGGAGGAGGGGUACUUGAAUCCAAAGGCAUGGGUACUAGGAGGUCGCUGGAGUUCACACCCUGAUAUGAUCAAACAGUAUGCUAGGUGUGUGGAGAAACGUCUGGCUUCGUAUAAUAUCACAGAUAUAGAACUACAUGUAGAUGUGUGGAGAGCCUUAAAUGAUAGAUUUCAACAAAGAUCUGUAGACCCACGCGUGAAUCUGCUUGAAGCUCCAUGGAACCCAUUCACACAGACUCCCUGGAUCUUACCCUUACUGGUUGACUUGUCCGAUUGGAGGGGGAAACUAUCGGAGAUAGAAAAAGAUAUAUUUGAACGUGACAGUGAUACUGAUGUUGUUUUUGUUGCUGAUUUUCCAGGUUUAUAUCUAGAGAACUAUGUACAGGAAGAACUGGGAAACACGAGUAUCACUGUGUUGAAAGGAGAGGUUCUUGUGGAACUUGUAGAUCAGCAGAAAAAUAUCAGCCUGAAAGAGGGCAACAAAAUGCAGUUACCUACCCACGAGUUUCACAACAUUCAUACUGUGUCUGACACACCAUCGUGUUACAUGUACAUAUUUGUGAACACAACAGAUGUAGAAUUCAAACAAACUGUCACCAAGUAUGAACAGAUCAUGAAUGGAACCUUCAAAGGUCCAGAUGAAGAAGCUGUGAGGAUCAAACGAGAGGUGGAGGUUGGCCCCAAUCAUCAUCUGUUUGCUCAAUAUAUCAGUGAUAAAGAGAGAACAGAAGAAGAACAACGAAUGUCCUACGUACAGAAAUGGUCAAAUUUCAUUUCAUACAAGUACAGCAUGUUGACCAGGAGUGUAAAGUUUACUAUUGGUGCAGUGAAGAGUUUGAUGACGGGUGUGCCGUUUGAAGAUUUUCUAAAUGCAACGUUCAGUGAAGAGAUGGCAAAACGAGGCACUCAACAUUCAGAACAGUACAAUGCUUACUGAUUGGAACUGCUAUAUAUAUGAUUGUCAAUAAUCAUAUGUAACUGUGUAAUAAUUGAUGCCAAGAUGUGUAGUUUUUUUGUUUGAAAAUAAAUUUUUAGAGUAA